AAAAUACCCCCCUGCUGCAACCCCACAGUGGUUUCCAUGGUGACACAUGACAAGGGGGAGGGUUACACCCACCGGAAACGGUGUCUGCAGUGCCAGCAAAAAUGAGAAGGAGCCAAACCUGAUCUUCGUUUUAUUGGAUUUCCCCCCACAUAUCACCCCGCACAAAUGUCUAUUUUGUGCCACAGGCGCCCGGAAGCAGUGCGGAGACCCCCGGCGGUGUUGCUGGAUUCCUGUGAGCGCGGUUUGAUCAAGUAGAGAGCCGAGCGUGUUGGAAACAUCGCCCGGGCCAAGAGGACACUUGUGUGGGAGCAGGCAGAGCGGUCCUGCCCCCUCCAUGACCAAGCUUCACUGCUGGCGAUAAAAAGCCUCGCUAGCCACAGCGCACCUAACCAUGGAAGAGUACCAUGAAUAUCCCUGAAUAGUUUCACUACCGAGCUGUUUGCCAGGAUUGCAGCGGGUUCACUAUGUACGACCGACGGUGCUCCGUGAGGCUCGUCAGUGCCUGAUAUCACAGGCCUGCUUUUUUCUAUCUGGAAAUUUCUUGACAGGGAAAGCAGAGCAGCUAAUCACGCUAGCUUUAGCAUCUCCGCGCUGCAUCCCCGGGCUCCGUCGGCGCAUUUGACUCUCCUCAAUGACAAUAUCAUUCAUGUGUUCGUGUAUCCAGUUAAGGACUUUUCAAAUCUAAUCGGUAUUUUUUAUGGGAUUCACAUCGGCGAGAGAGAAGCGGGCCUGAGCCAAAAUGGUGAACUGGAGGCGGCUGCUGCGAAUGUCCAACCGCUCGUUUUUGGCCUUCAUUUUUUUCUUCUCCAUGUCCACCACUUGUCUCUACUUCAUUUAUGUGGCUCCGGGAAUAGCCAACACAUACUUCUUCAUGGUUCAGGCUCAGGGCAUCAUGUUGAGGGACAAUGUGAGGACCAUUGGCCAGAUGAUCCGACUCUACACCAAUAAGAACAGUACUCUUAAUGGCACAGACUACCCUGACGGCAGUAACUCGAGUGAAUACCUGGUCCAGCCAACCACUUACCUCCCUGAGAACUUCACCUACGCCCUGAAUCUCCCCUGCCCAGAGCGAUUACCUUCUAUGAAGGGCCCUAUGGAAGUUAACAUGACAGAGAUCCCCAUGGAGGAGAUAGAACUGAAGUUCUCAAAGUUUUUUGACAUUCAGUUUGGGGGCCAUUGGAAACCAAAGGACUGCAAACCUCGCUGGAAGGUGGCGAUCCUGAUCCCGUUUAGAAACCGCCAUGAGCACCUACCUAUCCUCUUCCAACACCUCAUCCCCAUGCUGCAGAGCCAGCGACUGCAGUUCGCCUUCUACGUCAUUGAACAGACUGGUAGCCAGCCCUUCAACAGGGCCAUGCUGUUUAACGUGGGUUUCCUGGAGGCCAUGAAGGACUUGGACUGGGACUGCUUGAUCUUUCACGAUGUUGACCACAUCCCCGAGAACGACCGCAACUACUACGGCUGUGGCCAGAUGCCGCGCCACUUUGCCGCCAAGCUGGACAAAUACAUGUACAUUCUUCCCUACAGCGAGUUCUUUGGCGGUGUCAGUGGACUCACUGUCGAGCAAUUCCGCAAGAUUAACGGCUUUCCCAAUGCAUUCUGGGGCUGGGGAGGAGAGGAUGACGACUUGUGGAACAGGGUUCACUUCGCUGGUCUGAACGUCACACGCCCCGAGGGCGAGAUCGGAAAGUACAAGUCAAUUCCUCACCACCACAGAGGAGAGGUGCAGUUCCUCGGGAGGUACAAGCUGUUGAGGUAUUCCAAAGAGCGGCAACACCUGGACGGCCUCAACAACCUCCACUACAGCCCCCAGAUCUCCCUCAGCAGCCUCUACAAGAACAUCACGGUGGACCUGCACCCUGAGCUUGCCCCCAUUGCAGACUACUGAACUGUCCCCCCCGACUCCCGCCCCGACACCCCGGCUCCCCCCUGUCCUGGCCUCCUAGCAUCCCCCCCUCAGCUAUCCCCGCGAAGGAGAGGGGGGGUCGGGCCAGCGGGGGAGGCACACCAUGUAAUGCUGCCAAGAAACCUUACUGAGGAAAAAUAUCCAAACCGAGAAAAAAUGAGGAAAAAACGAAGAGGCAGUGGCAAGUCUCUUACAUCGAACAAUUCAUUUCUGUGUGCGCGCGCGUGUGUGUGAGUGUGUGCGUGUGUGUGUGUGUGUGUGUGUGUGGAGAUUGUGUCUGUGUGUGAUGAGUGAGUUGCUGCAUGUCUAUAUGUCUGUGCUGGCUUUAGCUACUAAACUUCACAUCACUUUGGGUUAGGUUAGAGGGAGCGGCAGCAUCUCAGCUCUGAUGUUUACUGCAAAGCCUUAAUGUGGCACAACCACGACUCCCUCGGCCCGGCCCGGCUCGGCUCGGCUCGGCUCAGCUCGGCUCAGCACUGCUUCACUUCUCACGUUUUUUCAUCGUCACCUUAGAGGCCAACAGACAAGCUUUUGUCUCACUUUUUAUUUUUUAUACAUAUUUUGUUAGGUCAGACUAUUCCUUUCAAAAGAGGGAUUGAAGCGAAGGUGACUUAAAUGUUUGUGAUGUACAUUUCAAUUUUUUUUUCUUUCUUCUUUCUUUCUUUUUUUUUUUUUUUUUUUUGUUGUUUUGAUACAUGGUAUUUAUUUUCUCCGAUUCUGGAUGUUUUAAGAAGCACUCCUGUCUGUGUCACUCAAGCGUUUGCUGUUUGUUUCUCUGCACUGCUGCUGAAUCCGCAUGAACAUGUAUGUAAAUAUUGGCCUCUUGAAAGCUCGAGCACAGAACACAAAUAUGUAAAUAUUGGCCUUUUAAUGCUCGAGCGUAUUACAGUGAUAUUCCAGUGGGUUUGAAUUUUAUUUUGGCAGCUACCUUCUUUCAGAGGAUUUAACAAGUGUGAGUGGUUUCUUCCUAAGAGGAAGAUGUUCUAACAAAUAUGCGUAUAGGAUGUUUGGCUUAUGAAAAAAAAACCAACAAAAAAAAAAAAAACACAGAAAUAUCCAAAUCUCAAGAUUUGACAUUAUCAUUUGCAUGCCUUAAUUUAUUUUGUUUACCAGAUUUUUUUUUUUUCAAACAUAAAUUAUUUUAUCAUUUCAAGAUGUGUAUAUUUUUAAGUUUGCCUUUUGUUGUGUAUUUUCUCUUUGAGGUGCACUGUGUGAAAAGAGUAAGCUGCUCCUCAGUAGACGUAGGGAGGCGUGACUGCUGAAUGCCGAGCUGCUUCACAAUGUCUCUCUUCCGUUAGUGCGUACUGGGAGGGGAGUCGGCCAUUACAGCAGGAGUGUGUCCAGACAGCGCGCUUUUAGUGCAGGUUAAUGGUCUCAGAUGUGUGUGCGUAUGUGGGCGUAACCGUUUUUUUUGUUUUGUUUUGUUUGUUUUUUUUUCCUUUCUUUCUUUCUUUCUUUUUUUUCCUCCUCUUUUUGUCUCAGAUGGUGUGUGUCGGUCGUGUGUUUGGUGCUGGACCAUGUGACAAAGCUCUUCAUUGUACUGUACCAUGCGCUGAAGCAUGGGGAUUUUGGCUGGAUGCUGUGUGUGUGUCUGGACUGUGGUGUUUCCAACUUUAAUAAGCUUGCGAAGCAGUUAAGAGGGGCCAGAAUGAGAGAACAGUCGCCGGCGGUCGCGCUGUUCUUGAAUGGCACAGUCUGAAAUUUGGGCCAUGAAAACUUUAAUUUGUUAAAGCUUUGAGCACUACCGAGCUAGCAAGACAGCUGUUGGCAGUUCAUUUUUUUUUACCUGUUGUUUGCCGUACAUUUCUCCUGUACAUAGGUUAUGGAUUUUACCAUGAAUUUUGUGUUCUGAAAGUUUCUUUGAUUGUAUGUCCAAUAGUGAUGUUAAAGCAUAACGCCAACCAUCUUUGACCUGGACUCUUGUUUUCCCAUCAUUUUCCAUCACACUGAUUGAUUCUGACCAAAAAUCUAGACCACGGCUUCACCGCAGAGCUACCUAGGUCUUGCUUGGCACUCCCAAAUCCACUUUGGCACUUGGCACUUUGCUUUGGUUUACUUAGUGGCACAUGUACACAAGCAGUUGGCAAAGACUAGAUAAGGAAGUGCUAAAAUCACUGGCAAAAGAGGAAUCAAAGCUGUAUGAGACAGGCAUGAAUUAAGAUUUUUUUCUUUCAUGUCUCAUUACAGAGUCGGUGUUGUUCAGACAGACUUUGGGGUCAGAGAAGGAGAUUUGGGUCAGAAUCGAUGAGCGUCAUGGUCAAAGGGAAAGCAGGGUAUAGGGUCAAAAAUUGGUUAAGUUAAGCUUGAUUUUCUACAUGUACUACUUGUCUCAAACAGAGCGUAUCACUCAAAACAGCCAAGGUUCCUCCGAGCGAGCACUUCAAGGGCUUCUUGGAGAGGCAGUCCUUAAAGCCACAAUGGAUCAAUCCAGGCCUCACCUGUCCUCUUUCUCCCCAAAGCCUUUGCAGCGCUGAGCUUCAGAGCGGCCUGUACAUGUUUACAGAGUUCUUUCCUCGAAAGCAGAUGUGGCUAAAGUCUGGCUUUGGUUCGGCCACAAAGCUCCACCCUGCUACCCCAAAAAACAAAACAAAACAAAACAAAACAAAAAAAAAAAAACACCCCGCGUCUGAGCAUUUGGAUCUGACCAAUCAGAUUAAAUUGAAAUUAUGAAUUUGUCAGAAAUCCUGUUGGAGGUGAACUGUGCCAAAGUCCACUUCUUUCAGUCAGGGUCUUUCCAGCCUCGUGUGUUUUAUUAUCGUGUCCCUUCUAGCUCCGUGUCAGGACUUUGGGGGAUUACGUUGGCCAGUGUCGGUUUAGCAGGGGAUUCUCUUGUGCUAUGCCUUUUUUUAGGUUAGUACCACAGUUUUGCAUAAGAGAAUGAAAGCCUUGUUUGGGUUUGUUAAAUGUAUGAAGCUGUUGCCAGGCCACUCGUCUCCCCCUGGAGGGCGCUGUGAGCUGAUGGAGUGUAGCACUAAGACUGUAAGCGUUGCUGAGAACUGGUUUAGGAAUCCUGUUUUUUUCAAGUGAAUCAAAAGCCCUAGUCAUCGUCCUGGUUGAUCAGCUGGUUAUAGCACAUAGAGUAGGUGCAGUGUUGUGGGCUCACAUCAGGCCUGUGACCUGUGUUACAUGUAAACCCCCAUCCCCACCCCUUUCCCCACUUUCACUUCUCGUGUCUCUCUCCGUCGCUAUUUAAUAAAGCAGAAAUGCCUUAAAAUUAUCUUAAAUAUCUUUUUAACUUUUGUCUGUAGUGAGAUAUCACAAGGAGAUAUCCAUUAGUACCAAUAUCCAAUAUUGAUUUGUGAGCUUAUUCGAAGCAUAAACAACUAUGUAAGAUUGUUUGACAUUUGUCUCACAACAGGCUUCUACAGAUCCACCUCCACCACCCUGUCACCUACCUCCCUGUCCCCUGUUGUCAUCAACUUGAAGCAAAUACCCACCCUGAAACACUGAACACUUGAAAAAGGUACAAACAUACGCUGGCAAUGUACCUUGCCUUUUUGGGUCCAUUUUGUUGAUUGGCAGUGUAUUUUCCUUACUGAUGUGGACAACUUGGAAAUUCUGAUUGGAAAUUCUGCAGCUGUCUAAGCCAUUGGUUCUGAUAGCAUCCUUCCUUCAAGUUCAGUGUUGGAGGCUUGUACUAUCAACGUCAGAACUCCCAUGUAUGACUUGACUGGCAUUCAAGAGCCUUGAUCAGAAAUAUCGGCUAACGACAGCAACCUGAAAAAAAAGGAAGCCAUUAGAAACCGUACAAAUAACAACAUGAAAACUUGGGCAGCAUCAGUGUUUCUCAGUUUCCAACUGUGAAAUUGUGAGUUUGCGGUGGUGUUCGUGUGCUGGUAAAUCGUAAAUAUGACGUUUCCGAUGAGCACUUGAAGGCAUUAUCAGCCCCCCGGUCAAAGAGGGAAGGCCUCAUUCUGGACUCACUAUUUUGCACUGAGAUUCAGCGGUCAUACACAGAGGAAUCCAUCGUAGAAGAGGCAACAUAGAGGAGUUUCUUCACACACAGUCGCCUCAACAGACCACAAUGCAGUGAAAGGCACAGCCGCCAUCGUAGGCGCACCCCCAAAGUUCAGGAGCUAGUCGAGUAGCUCGCUGUAUUUAUACGCCAACACUUACUUUUGAUUGAAAGCGACAAGUUCACCCCUUUCUAGAGGGAUUCUUGAAAGACAUUCAGGAAAGUAGGAAAUCAGUAACUUAAGACCAGGCGUGAGGUGAUACACCAAAAAAGUAAAUUACAACAUUUAAUCACAAAUUAACUCCUGGAAUGCACUGAACAUCUCAAAUUGAUUACAUGUAACAGUGUAAGUGUAAGAGGACAGGGGGGGAUUUUCUUCUUAGUGAAUCUGCUUAUGUCUGCUGUAUUCAGGGAACAGCAUUAAGGGUAUUUAGAAGUGUAAUGACGGCAGUGUUUGCCAACUGGCGGCUCAGGACCCAAGAGGGUGUUAGAAGACACCCUGAAAGGGUGCGUAGCCUGUCAUGCGUUAGAAAUGGCAAUAUUGUAUUCUUGUGUUAUUCUCAUGUCUUGCUUCAAUGGCCAAAGCAAAAAUGUGGGUCCCUAUGCCAAAGCGAUGGAGAAGCACUGAAUUGGAGAAAGCGCCCAUCGCUGGAACUGGUUUCAGAUCAGUGUUCUGAGUUCUAUGUGUUCUUGCCUCUGAGGUUGGUGUGUUUGGGUGUUCUGGCCAGAGGGUGGGUUGGUGGGCAGGUGGGUGGGGUUCUGGCCACACCCGGCCACCUGAGUUUAACCCCGACCCGCUUCCUCACCCCCCCGCUUUCAGCUGUUCAGGUUCUCUCGGUCGUUUGACUAUCCAAAAAAAAAAAAAAAUAGCUAGGACGUUUCAGAUGAUAUAUUUACCAUUUCAUGUACCGUUAAUGUACAUUUUGCAGUAUUCAUAUUUGUGCCUUGAGUUUUUUGCCCCUAUUUUUCACUUUGCAUUCUUCAUUGAAAGAU